CACACAAAUAGUUGGUUGCUGCAUUCAAGGAAACAAAGUGAAAUCUAAUGAGAUAAGAAAAAAAUUGUUUGUUUGAUUUCUGAUCGUUGUUAUGAUAAGCUGUGUAUUUUAUUUGUCAAUUAUUAUGUUAUGUGAAUGAAAAUUUUCCUACUAUAGCAGUCAGAGUGAACAUUCCUCACGUAAACAGUGCAGGGAGACACACAGACAUACGGACAUACAUACAGACAGACAGUCAGUCAGUCCCGCAGCGCCUCCGUGACAGCCAGCAGGGUGGAGUACGCCAACCCUGCAUUUUGACCCCUGUCCCUCCACUCUUCCCGCCAGGUGUUAAAUGUUAAUGAGCAGUGCAGUGAGGUGAUGUGAGUCGCAUGACACAGCGUCCGUCAUGCCCGUGGUGCUCGACAGACUGCCCCUGCCUAACCUGACUUGGUACACGGGCCUCAGUGUGGUGUUGCUCGCCUGUUCGGUGUACUAUGCUGGCGUCCAGGUCACCCUCAACCCUAACUGGAAGGAGAGGUUGCUGGAGAAGACAACCGCCACUGAUGAUGAGGUGUCCCUGUAUCACGUCAGCGGCGGGGGUCAUGAGGCCCCCGGGGGUGAGGGGCGCCACAUGACCCCAUACCUCAUCCCAGAGGUCAUCAGCUUCAUGUUUCACGAGCCUCUCUGCAUCUGGACUCUAAUCAACAUAGCAUACUGUGUCCUCAUCCUGCUUGGCACCCUCAUCCAGCGCCUGGUGUUUGGGGAGCUGCGUGUCUCAGAGCAGCAGCACAUCAAGGACAAGUUUUGGAAUUUUGUAUUUUACAAAUUUAUUUUUGUCUUUGGUGUGAUGAAUGUCCAAGCCAUGGAUGAAGUUGUUCUGUGGUGUUCCUGGUUCAGUGUCUUGGGGUUCCUGCAUCUCCUUGCACAGCUCUGCAAAGAUCGCUUUGAAUACUUGUCCUUCUCAGCCACCACCCCGCGCCGCACACACAUCCGUCUGUUGGGUCUCCUCAGCAUCAUCCUCACCAUAGCCACAUUUUGUCUCUUCAUAUGUGUGGUGGUUGGCUGUCACUCUGGCUUCAAUACCUUUGCCUUUAUGGUUGCUGAGUGUAUACUCCUGAUUGUCCGAACUCUGUAUGUAAUCACCCGCUACUGUAUCUACCUCUGGGACGUCACCCAUGAAGGCUUGUGGGAGAAACGUGGACGUUAUGUGUACUUUACUGAGCUGGUGUUCGAACUGAGUGAGUUGGUGAUUGACAUGGUCCAUCACAUUCACAUGCUGGUGUGGGGUAACAUGUUCCUCACUAUGGCAUCUCUAGUGAUAUGCAUGCAGUUGCGGCUCCUUUUCUACCAGCUCCAGCACAAAGUCAAGUCUCAUCGGAAUUACCUGCGUGUGCUUCAGCUCAUGAAUAUGUACCCUGAGGUGAGUGGUGCAGACAUCUUAGCUGAGGACAGCACAUGUGCCAUCUGCUGGGAGCAUCAGGAAACUGGCCGUUGCCUGCCUUGCUCCCACGUCUUUCAUGCAUCCUGCCUACUGGCCUGGCUACACCAAGAUCUCUCAUGUCCGACAUGUAGGCACAAGUUACAUAAACCUGAGCCUAAUGAGACUGCAUCAUUGUUGGAUGGCUUGCUGCCCACUGUGGAAGAGAAUGGUCUGGGACAAGACAACAGAGUCAAUGAUGCACAUGGGGCAGGGAGUCCCUUCCCAUCUCCUGCUGCACCUGAAGGUUCUGGCACUCCAGGGUGGCGCUAUGUCUCCUGGCUGCCUAGUUUUAGUGUUGAGCAGAGCCACACACAGCUCCCCCGACACCAGCAAGCCAGUGCACAACCUGCAUCAACAUCCCAAUUGGAUGGGCUUGCUAGACAGGUGCAGCAGAUGUUUCCUGAUGUUUCUUAUUCACAUAUUUUGGAGGAUUUGAGACACACCCAUUCCUUAGAAGUUACAAUUGACAACAUUUUAGAACAGCGCUUGGUUAAUCCUCCACCAAUGUUCACCUCUCAUAAUAGUCACAGUUCUUUAUAUGAUGGCACACAUGAAGAAGCUGAAAAUAGCCCUCAGUCAAAUGUGGAUGAGGAUGUUAUUGAAGAAGAAGAACACUUUCAGGAUGCACUGCCACUCCUGCAGAAUAAGUCAUGUUUGCCUGAGCUCUCUUUAAAGACCAGCAGCAGUUCCUGUGAAGAUUCCAGUGACACAGAUUCUGAUGGAAGUUGGUCACCGGUUGGGUCCUUUGGAACUGGUGGUCGGUUUAGCAAAUCCCCAAGAGAGAGAGAGCAAAUGCUGGCUCAGCGAAAGUCUGCACUGGUGUCUCAAGCACGUCGAAGAUUUGUCUCCCACUCAAGAGGUGACAUAGAGGAGGGGGAUGGGGAAGCCCUGCAUGAGGAUGGAAGUCUAGACACUUCACAAACAAUGGGCAUUCCAUCUAGGCACAAAUCCAGCUCACCCAGCUACUCAUUCUUCUUUUUCUGGGGGGUUGGUUGAUAAAUGUCUUCCUGGAGAAACUUUGGGAAGGAAAACUGAAGCCCUAUAAGUCACAAUGCUGAGGUAAGGGACAGAGAUUAGCACUUAGGCCCUGUACAGCUAUAGUGUAUGCCUCCUUUUUUCAUCUUUAUCCUCCUCCUACAUUAUGAACAUCUGUACUUUUGCGUGAUUGGUCUCAAAAUGAUAUUUUAUUUUUCUUUGUGUGAAUGAAUGAGUUUGUACCAGCUAUACAGGUUGAGUUAUUCAGGUUCAUCAUCACUAAUCUGGUUCCAUCUCUAAUCCAGCAUUAAUUUCAGUUAGUGCAAUUUCAAUUUUCCCGGGUUACCAAACCACCAAGCUGCCACCACUACUGUUUGUUGGCACUACUUGCUGCAUAAUGAAGUAGAAUCACUACCAUAUAUAGGGGAGCCAUUUUAACUUGUUUUCUCCAUUUUCAUUAAAACUGUUCUGUUUUAGCUCCAGCCAUGUUUCCAGUAAAUAAAGGAAAUUACUCUCAUUGUAUUAAGCACAAACACUGUACAUUAGCCACAUGAAAUAAGAUUGAACUUCUUAAAAAAUUGAAAGUGAUGUAUCUGCACAAAUUACUAGUAAAUUACAGAGCAUUGCUUCUUCAACAGUUUAUGAUGCAAAGAAAUAGAGAGAAAAAGUUGCUCAGUUUCUUUGGCAACAGUAUUGGCCAUACUGUUACUAUCAGUAUUGCUCAGAAGUGAAGUAUGUAUCAGUAUUACAUACUAGUAGUGGUGGAAAGUGAUGUAGGUACAGUGCAGUCCAACUUACUAAUCAGCUUGUAGUGAUUUGUGGGGCAUUUUAAAGGUAGGAUGAGAUGGUUAACUGUUGGAUGAGGCAAACCUUUGUAAUCUGGUGAAACCAUUAAUGCAGCACUCUACAGGUUCCAAUGAUGCCAGGUUAGUGAUGAACCACCUCUGCUCUCCUGUUCAAACUGAAUGACCAUGUAUACCUAAAGCUUUGUUGUGGUUUGAAAAACAUAGCACUGGUUCAGGAAGUGCUGUGAACUUAUCAUUAAAGCCAGUUGGGACUUCA